AGCUGUGAUAGAAGCAGAUGGAGGCUGGGCAUCGGGGCUGGUCUCUGUGUGUGCUUUCUGCUGCUGCUGCCGCUUAACAACACAGGGACGGUAACAGACAGCAGAGGACCGUGGGUGCCAUUCAUGACAAGGCUGGCGGCUCUUAGGGAAACAGAUAACGGUUCUCGGGAGGUAACGUCCGCCACACGUUCAACUGUAGCUUCAUACGUUAGCAUAACGAAGUUUGAUAUGCUAACGACAGGUGUGGCUGUUAUUAUUAUUUAGCCCGUUAGCUCGAGCCUUGAAUGCAGCAGCUAGGUUAAGUUAAUGCUGCUAGCACUAUGAAGUUCUUAUGACAGCUAAUGAAUGAUAUUAUCCGGUCGUACUAGUCAAACUAUUCACCAGCUAAGUAACUAGAAAGGCUGCAGCCUGUUUGCUCUGUCUGUUCAAGAAAUAAUCUCAUGUAAGCAAAUGGCUAUUACAGUUUAAUUAGCUAUUCCGGCUAGCAAUGCGUACUACACUGGAUCAGAAUAACGUUAGCCUGCCGGUGUUACAUUACUGCACUGUAUGGUUCACUUAUGGCAUAUUGCAUAAUGAGUGAUAACUAUGUAAAAGUGCAGCUUGAGCAGAUGAAAUCAUUAGGGGAGGUUGGAGAGAAGAGGGAGGGUGUGGACAAUGAGGAGCAGGUCCCUGCAUCUUCCCCCUCUGCUGACCCUCCCAGCAUCACCAUAAGUAGCAGUGAUGCAUCCAACACCUCCAUCACUUCGAAACAAAGAGGCAAAAGCCGCAGCAAGCUGGCGAAAGAUGACAAGAACUCUAGUGGUAAAAGCAUCUCAGAUCUGUCGCUUCACGGGUCUGUGGUUUCUGUCCCUGCUGGGAAAAACUUGAACCGACUGGGCCAGGAGAGGACACUGCACAUCAGAGGGACGGGGAAGAUCCUGCAGGGCAAGGCGGAGAGUAAUGGGAACUAUGUGACCAUCCAGCCGUCCAAGAACAUCCCGGAUGCGAGGCGAGAGGAGUCGUUGAAACUCGCGAGGAAGAGGAGGCCGGUGACAGUGGAUACAGCCAAAGCCAAAACAUCACUGGAGGCACUUAAGAUCAGCAUCAAGCAGCUCAAAUGGAAAGAGGUAUGCUGCAUCAUCGAAGCACUUAGCAGCUGGUUUUCCUAAGCAGCGGUGAGGAUCAUCCCAGCUUCUUGGAGCAUGAGUGUUUCACUGGGAUGACAACCAGCUUAGGUGUUUGUCACGAGUAUGCGUGCAUGAAAACCUCUGUUAUGUUGAUCUCCAACUACAUCGCAGAGUUCUGCAUUUUUCCCUUUUAGCUGGGGAUGGGAAUUGAUAAGAUUUUAUCGAUAUCGAUGCCGUUAUCGAUUCCGCUUCAAUUCUUUAAUGAUUCCCUUAUCAAUGCCUUUCUUUGAUUUUGAAAUAGUAGACUAUAGGUUUUCACCGUUAACUCAAAAUUACAGUAAAGCUGUAUGCCACCUUCAGUGAGAGUCAAAAAAAAAAAAAAAUCAAACAACAAACUAUUUUUUACUGUGGUAAGUAUUAAGUCAAACUAGGGUGACCAUAUUCUAGAUCCCCAAAAAGAGGACACUACUACGCGGGGCGGAGUCGCACACUAAAUUUUGAGCCGUUUCUGCCUACUUUUUGUAUCAUCUGUUUUUUUUCCCCCUCAAAAUCUCUUAAUCAUUUGCGUAGACCGGCACUCCAAAAUCGUUUUUCAAGGCACCUGGAAGAAAGGAAUUGUUAUGGGAAUCGUUAAGAUAAAAUGUAAACGAUAUCGAUGGAUUGAACCAUUUGAAACCGGUCAGAUCCCCAUCCCUACUUUUAGCCUUUCAAUAGGAAUAGUUUUCUGACAGGAUCGUCGGCCUUUGCGGGGUCAUAUUACAAUAAAAACAGCAUAUGCAUAACUCUUGAUGACACAGCACUCAAUUGCAAUUCGUGCGGGGACUGAAAGGUGAUCGAAACUCUUGGAAAUGACCCUUAAAAGGUAUUAAACACAAGCUUUAUGUAACAGUAGGGUGAAGUAACAACAAAAAACUAAACCACUGACUUGAGAUAUGUUUAACAGCACAUUUAAAAGCUUGUUAAAUGUAAUCUCUACUGCUGGAGCUCAUAAACACUACUUUAGCGAACAAUUAAAUGAGGUUUUAAAUCCAUCUGUUGUAAUUACAUCAGCCGGUCUCCCCUUGGAAAAGUCAUACUUCCUGAAUGUGACUCCAGACUACGUUAUGCAAGAGAUCUCAAGUGAGUUUCUGUUCUUUGUCAUCAAAGCUCUGAAAAAUGAUUGGAGGCAGCUUUCUGACACAGAGCUAUACUGUCAGGAAGUGGAACUGUGUGGGUAAGUGUUUGUAAGACUUAUUUUGAGCCUGAAUGACAAACUUAUGAGAGGCGAAAAUAGCAUUUGUGAAGACGCCUUGUUUAAACACCAAGUUGCAAUAAUCAAGUUGGUGGAAACAGAUUAUAUAAGAAGCUUUGGGGGUUGUAAAUCUUUGUUGAAAUAUUCAGAUUAUUGUACGGUGGAGUGUAGUAGAAAAUAAAAAAUGUUGUUUUGAUCGAGUUCAUAGUCGACUCCUGGAGAAAUCACUCCAUCUUAAAUGGAGGUGACCAACUUGAAAGGACAAAGUGUUAACGUCAUGCAUUUAUGUAUUUAAUUAGUGGCGGCCAGAUUUGCAUAAGUUGGAAGGUGAAGAGCGUGGUGGUUGUCGAGUGCUGAAUAAUUUUGAUUGGUACACGACAAAUGGAAGGUCAUUCUUACCAAGGAGAUUUUUGUCCUCAAAGGCCACCGUUGCUUUACGGACAGGAGGAGUAGGCAAUGUUUUUUUCAGUGACUAUUAGGAGUAGCUCAAAAUUCCUGUUUUUUAAUCGAUCAAUAAGAACUAAACAGAGUGGACAUCCAUCAGUGAGUUUUAUUAAUACAGUUUAUGGAUAAUGAAACUAUUCACGAGUGUCGCCUUUCUCCUGUUGCUAGCUUUUGUUUACUAUGUGGCAAGCCGGAACUCGAGCAAUCUGCAGCACACUGUGGCUUAAACUCUCCGAUAUUUGAAAGUGCAUCACUAUUCAUGGACGUAAUGAAUGUAUGGACAUGUUUUCUUUGAUAUAACUAAACAAAACUUUAAAUAGUCAUUCAAGGUUUCAAUUUGAAGCUGUUAUUUCCAUGUUUUGAUAUCCAGAGCUUCAAAGAUGAAUUCAUUAAGCAGUGAGCAAAUCAUUUUCAACUUCAACAUUUCUAGCUUCACUGAAAUCUGCUCCUUGUCUUAUGUAAUAGAAAACAGCUCGGACACAAUGUUUCAUUGAGCUGUAGACGUCUCCAACUCGACUGAUCAUCAAGUGACUAAUCUGCUGGUAAAACAGUAAUGCAGCUGUUAUUUAAAGCUCUAAUUUACAGCUUCGUUAAUUGCUACCUUUUCUACAGAUUAUCUCUUUGCAUUAUUUCCAAUUAAGCCGUUGACUGACAGCUUGGCACACGACCAAGCCCGUCGCACGAUCACCUGUAACGCAACCACAGCCUCACAAAGUCUGUUCAUGCACCUCUGAUGUAUAAAAUUACAAAUGAUAGAUGUGAAUGAAAGUCGCUGGGAAUGAAAAACGCAGCGAGUCUAAAACAUUAAUGCGCGGGCUAAUUGAUCCACAUCUUGUUUUCUAUGAGUCAGAAACACCAUCUGGUCACUUUGAAUGCUGUGCAGUUCGAACCUGCCAUCAGCUAUUAAUAACACACUCUUCAUUAUGCAUGAGAAGCAAAGAAGGGCAGUGCCAUGAGGCAGGCAAAGUAAAGACUCUACUUAUAACCCGUGACCACGCUGUGACACUUAAAACCCCUCCAGGUCUGGUAUCAGGACUGAUGGACAGAACCUAUACAUUACCUGGCUUUGUCCUCAUGGUUACUCCCCAACUAAAUCCAGUUCCCUGAGGACCCUGUGCCACAAGAGAGUAUCUUUUAUCUUUAAGGGGUUGAAAUUUGAGUUUACUUUCUGAAUUUGUUUAUGCGUUAUGAAACAGAUUUUGGGAAGAUCUAAGAUAGCAGGUGAGAGAAGAGGAUGCGAGUCAGCAGACAUUGACUCGACCGAUGACUUGCAACAUGUGGAUUAAGGUCAAUUUGGCUCUAAAUUACCGUUACGUCUCUACAUCUGCAGUAUUUUCUGGCCUCUGAGACAGCUGCCUUCCGACUUUCAGCAUAUGGCAUUCCCUUAAACAGUGGGAAAUGAUUAGCCUUAAGCUCCUCUAAUCCAAUAAAGUUUUAGUCCUCUCUCGAAGGCAGAGAGAUUGGCAGCUCGGAGAGUGACAACUUCAGAAAAUGAGUUUAAUAACUGGCAUGUAAUCACAGGCUUGGUAUUUAUAGCAGGGCCCUACAGACUAAGCUGAUAUUUUUCAAUAAAAGAAGAUUAAUUUCUGGAAGCUUGCUUUGUGGAAUAUUUAGAAAAUACUGGCCUGUAUGAAUGAAACUUGAAAUGCUGUUUAUUGGAGGCCUUGCAGAGAGGAUGCUAUUGGCUGUUAGAGUUGCAAAAGUUGCCCACGCAUGAUGAAGUCUGCAGCAGUAGGUAGCGCUCAGUCUUUUCAUUCAUACAAAGUGUGGUUACUUGUGAACUUCACCUUAUUCAGCACCCAGUUUGAUCUGACCUCCCUUCCUGAUUCCAUUAGAUUAGUUACACUAGCUGGCAUCUCAGUGUUUGUAUUUAAAGCAGUGGAGCGGGGUAACCCCGAUUCACACGCUCUCAUGGUAACCCGUUAAUGAGAUGCAACCCUGUCUGCUAUCCAUCUCGUAUAACUAGAAAGAGUCGUAGGAGUGGCGCUAUGCUGCCAACCGAGACUUCAUGUAACUAACUUUAAACAGACUGUGAUGAAUUUUUUCUUAGCUGUAUGUUCGUGUUUUGUUUUUAGAUGUGACCUUGUUGUCGUGUGUUAAAACUGAGCUGGAUUGAAGCAAAUUUUUACAGCUAAUGUUCAUAAUAGAGAUGAAGACUGAAUACAGCCAUCUUAGAAAGAUGGUGAAUCGUCAGCUGACCUGCCAGUUUGAAGGAGUACGCUGAUAAGGAUGUUAGCCGGAUACAAAAAUAAGGCUUACAUAUAAAAAAAACUUAAAGUAAAGUUAAUCUAAAUAUGCCUUUUAGUAUUUUAAACAUAGAUAUUUUUUGGCUGUGUUGUUAUCAGGAAGAUAACUGAAGCGGGUUUACCACAUCAACGUGAGAAGUCAGCCUCCUAAAAUCUCCAGGCAGGGAUCUUAGGUUGUUUUUAGGUUUGGAUAAUCCCUGUGUUUAUCACUCCUUGGGUUUUUUUAAGGAGCCUAAGUCUCUACAGAGGUUUCCUCCUCCUCCUUGUGUAAACAGAAAAACAUGAACAUCAAAAUGGAAACACUAGAAGUCGCAGUUUCAGGUUUUAAAUAACUAGAAUUUCUUUAUGGUUAGCCGAGCUGCUGCUAGCUUGAGUUUAAAUUGAGCCCAAAAACUUUCAGUUUGUGUUUAGUUUUAGAAUUGUACUUCAAAAGGAAAUAAAGAAUUAUAGAUAAACCUCUAAAAUAUGCUUACAAAAUGUGUUAUAUUUAAAAUUCAGCUUUGUUGUAAUGCUCUUAACUGGACACACAAUUCCUCACAAUGGGGGCUGCCAGCUGAGCUGCCACAAACAUCUGAACGUACUUGAAUGUUACUAUUUUUGUCAACAACCUCCUCAAAGCAGUUCAUGAACACGAGUUUACUCAUCACUCCUAUUCUUACAUAAGUGAGUUUCUUCUUUUAAAAGGAGAAAUCCACUUUUUUUUUAAUCAAUUCUUGGGAAGAUUGCGAAGAUGUGUGCACAUGCUCUAACGGCUGACUUAAAGAUUAGAUUAGCGUUUCCACCUCCUCGCACUGUCUGAAAGUGAUGCUAAACUAUCUCUCAAAAAGAGCACUGAGACUGUGCGCUUCUGUCUGCACAUGCCUGAUCUUAUUUAAAAUAGUUAUGGGGCUCUUCACUGUAUUUUAUUAGGAGGAUAAGACAGUAGAUAAAUUGGUAGGCCGGGAAGAGAGAGGCCAGAUUUGAACCCAGUCUGCCUGUUUUCAGGACCAAAGCUUCUGCACAACUGACUUGUGUUUAAACCACUGAGCUCUUGAAGUUUUAAAAAAAGAAAAAGAAGAAAAAUAGAUCCCUCGGGUCAGUACAGACCUCAGCAUAAAAGCGUCUUGUGUCAGUGUGAAACAAACCCUAACAGUUAGAGAGAGCUUAACAAGUAUUUUCCAAGUGUUUAUUUGUUUUUUCUUGCAGUUUGUCCUCCACUCUGAGUACUGAGAAAAUAACUAUGAAAAAGCCACUUUUGGCAUUACACCCAAUAUUUAGGAUUACAUAACUAGUAGAAACUAAACUGUUAAGAAAAAUCAAAGUUUGGACAAGCUAUAAUGAUAGAAAGCAUGUUUGGAAAGUAACUCUUCAAUGUGUAAUUUGGUUUCUAAGUUUGACCCAUGUCUCAUCUGUUUACAUGGAGGAAGCAGAUUUACAACCAGCCAGAAGGGAGAGCUCUGAAUCUUUUGCUGUUGUUUUGGGGAGCUGUCAUGUUGGCUAAGCGCUGUCCUAUACUUCAUGUUAAAGCAAAAACUUAUUACAGAAAUUAUUGUAUCCACCAGCUGUAUGUCCAAGUAAUUAUCAGGAGUCCAACCACACUUCUCUUGUGUUCUGUACAUCACACAUAGAUUGUAAUAUCCCUUUCUUCUGACCCUGUUUUAACAACUUAUUUAGUGCAAAGUGUGUUGUUUGGAUUGUGUUAGUGUGGGCAGGAGUUGAGGUGCUAGUAGGAUUCCCUCGCUCCCUUAAUCCUUUUAUAGUAUCACUAACUCUCCUCUUUCCUUGCAUCACAACUGAACACGCACUACAAGAUUAUCCCCUCACUCCUGGAUCAGAGGGACAACCACCAAUUACCCACGUCCCACCAAUUACCCUUUAUUAACAGAAUAAGCUCUCAGUCACAAACUGAGAUGCAAAGAAGUUUCUGUGAGUGUUUUCUUUAAUAAAUGAUCCCAUGAUUCAUUAUUUUUCUCCUCUCGUAGUUUCCUCUGGGUAGACGAGCUCCCUGCGAUAUCUACUGGCAUGGAGUUUCCUUCCAUGACAAUGAAAACAUCGUCUCAGGGCAGGUGAACAAGUUCCCAGGUAUUCUCACCGCCUCUUCUAUAAACUUCUAUGAAUGUAAAGCUCCCUACAUGUAUGCUUGUUGAACUGUCAGUGGGUAGAUGUCUUCAUCUCGGCUCAUACUACUUUGUAUUCUUAGUAUUCUGUAAUCACAACAAGAAGGAUUUAGUAAAAGCCUUUACUGAUCCUCAUUGCUCUAAUGCUAACCUUUUCUUUCCGCGGCACUUAUCAGUACUCCAGAGAUUAAAGUAUUAGUAUUGAAUCUACAUCAAUGGAGUCUCCUGCCGCGCGUGAGUCUAUUGUAUUCGCACUAAAUCGUUGAUACUGUGCAUUAUGCAUUGCAGGGAUGAUAGAGAUGUUGAGAAAGAUCAACCUGAGUCGAGCAAUGCGGACUAUGCAGGAGCUGUUCCCAGAUGAGUACGACUUCUAUCCUCGUUCCUGGAUCCUUCCUGAGGAGUAUCAGCAGUUUUCAACACAGGUACAGAGCUGAAGGAGUGCUCGAAUUCUGGAUUAUUGAUGUGUUUCUUUGGUUUCAGUGCUGAAUGUAUUUUUGUGUCUGAGUGAGGAUGUCCUGAUCAGCUUUCUGGCCCACAAUCCUGAUCGGACUCUGUGCCGAUUCUGAGUUUCGAUCUGAUACUCAUAUCAGCCAAGAUUAACGAGCUUUAAACUUUUUGUUGUUGUUGUUUUCUACAAUAAAAAUAACUUAAGUGAAUAAAUGAACCAAAAUAUGUUUUCAGUUUAUUCCAUCGAACUUAGUUCAGCUAGCGUUGCUGUAAAACUCAUAUAUGCUCUGCUGUCUAGAAGCAAAGUAACUAGCAUGCAUACAUUUGGCAUGCUUAAAAUUCUUUUUCAUGUAAAGGUUUUAGAUUCCAAUGGAGAUGUCCAGCUGCUAGACUAAAAUCAGGAUUAUUGAAUUUGAAAAACUUCCCCAAACUGGAUUUGACUUGGAUCACUUUCAGAUAAUUACAUUAUCUACCAUUGAGAGAUGGGCUGGUUUUCCAAAUCGAUGAAUUCAACCACCUUCUCUGUAAUCUUUUUGGCAUUUUUCGCUUUCUCAAUGAUAUAUAUCUUUUACUGAUGCUUUAAUAAACUCAUAUUACAAUGCAUUUGAAGUUUUACGAUGUCAUAUUGAACACAGCUAUUUUAACAAGUGUAUUGUGAGGAGGCAUAGAACCUAGAGUGUCUUUAUAUGCCGAUGACUUAUUGCCCUAUGUUCGAGACCCAGCUAAGUGCCCAGGAGGAAAAGUGAGUUUUAGUGAGUUAGUUGAAGAUUUUUUAAGACUUCUUGGGUCACAAACUGAAUAUUGCAAGAAGUGGAAGGUUUCAUGUCAGCCAGUCUACUAAGUCCCUCCAUAUGCAUUACCUUUUCACCAAUCCCCCUGAGGUUUUAACCAUCACACACUUCCCAAGUUCACCUCCUAAGAAAAAAAAUCACAAAACGAAUCGAAAAGAUUAAAUUAAACCCAUCAAAUCCAUUUUUUAUUCCAGACUCUUUCUUUUAAUCAUUCUAUCAGACUGUGUUCAUCUUAAAGUUUAAAGUAUUUCCAUGCUGGACAUGUGGGCUUAAUAAAAAAAGGGCUAUGAUGCCAGCAUUGGCAAGCAACAGCAUAUACAGCCCACGAUAUAAUUCACUUUUUCAUUUUAGCAAAGUGUAUUAGAACAUCUACGGCUUGUUUUAUUACUACCAUUUAAUAUCUCGAUGUGACAUUCGGAGUCAUGUCUUCAAGGGUCACACAUUGGAUCCGGUCACAAGAUACCAAGCAGAUGCACUUAAACUGAGUCUGAUAGAUGCUAAUGAAAUUAAGAACAAAACAAAACUUUUAAAUGGAAAGCAAGUGGUAUUACUUUUAUCGCUUUUCCCCCUCAUUUUUGUUUCUUGGUGGAAUUUAUUCUUGUUUUAGUGGUAAAACAAGUUUUUGUUUUAUAUUUCUCCCUCCAGCUACAUUUCAUAGUGAGUUUGUACAGUAGGCCUAACCUUUCAGACUAGUCAACACAAGGACAUGAUAUUUUGAAAGACAACUUACUUCAGUGUCUAUAGUUAAAAAAGAAAAAACUAAAUAAAAUUUUUUUUAAAAAAGUUGAUUUUUAGUUUGCAACAAGACACAUCCAGUCGAAUUAAACAGAAUGAGUCUGUAUUUUGUAUUUUGAUAAAUCACCAAUUAGAGGUUGAAAUCACAGGUUUAGAGUCUGGUUCGCAAGAAAGUCUAUUUGUAUUUUAAAUCUUUACGGGCAGGGUGCGUGCCAUCUUUUAGUUGUCCUUAGCUGGUCUAUCGUCUCAGUUUCAAAGAGGUAGAAAGAGGGAGAGAGGAAGAGCACAGCCAUGGUUCAACAUGGUUGUAAGUAAGUGAAUAAAUAGAGGGUGCAGUGUUGGCCAAAAAAGACGUGAAUCAGAGAGGAAAAGACCUGAUUUUCUCUCCUAACUGCUUUGCAACACGUAGAGCCCUCAGGACAUUAAUACAUCAACACCAAGCUCAAAGUUUGAAACCUAUCAAAGAAAGAAAAACGGUAAAAGAGGUCCUUACAUGAACCUAUAGUUGGUCAAAAGUGAGACUUUUAAGAGGUUGUUUUAACAUGUCUUAAGGGAAAUCGUGUAAUGGUCAGAACCUGGUUAUUUCAGAUUUAAAUAUGCACAAUAUCAUAGUUAGCCUUGAAUGUACAACAGUGAGAAAUUGUUGCCUUUUACUCUCAUUAAUAAUGUCUGAAUUCCAUUUUAUUCCACUUUAGCUGGAGGCUAAGGAGAACGUACCGAGCAGGUCAACAGGCCUGGCAGCGUAGCUAUGACCCUGUAAAACCUAAAGGGAAUGUGGCCAUCGUAAAUGCCAUUAAUUACACCUGCACUUAUCCUGCGAUCAGAGGUCAAGAGAGGACCUGUGUUUGCAGAUUACGCUGGAAACACUCCCUUCUUGGCUCUGUGAAAUCAAAGGGGAACUGGCUGCAGAAGAAAUCUAAUGAAGGGUUGCAUCAAUAAAAAAAACAGCAGUUCCUCAGCCAUUUAUAUAAUUUACUUGAAACAUAGCGAUAAAGCAGAAUAUCUGGUUUUCACUUAAGUCCUUUUUUGUUCUCUGUGUGGACUGGAUGCUUCUUUUCUGAGUCUGUGAUUGUAAAUCAGGCUGAAGAGGCUUUUGAAGCAGAAAUAUGUUCAAAACAGAAAAGAGGCUGCUUCUGUUUGAUGUCUUUUUUAAACUUCAUCAUCUAAAUGUAACAAUUACAUAACGGAUUUCAAAGUUACAGAUUCUGCUGGUGAUAUUUUCCUCUCUCCCUCUCUGUGACUACACUUUACUGCAACAGUGAAUGUGUUAUUUAAUUCUUGUGUCAUGCACUCGCUUCAUUGCUCAUUCUCCUCCAGGCAGAGCCGACCAACUGUUCCACAUUUCUGAAUAUCUCCCUUUAUGGUCAUCAGGCACUUCUUAACACAUGAUUGAAUCUGCUAGGAUUAUCUCGUGGAGGAAAUACAGUGUUCAGAGCAAGUGUAGACGCUCCGGACUGAGAGAAAGAGCUGUGAAGAGGGCAGGGGACGGAUGACGUUCCCUCAGCUGGUUUUCCCUGAUGAGAACAAUGUUGGAGCACGUCGCAGCGAGUUACAGAACGUGCUAUUUAAAGACUAAAAGGGACAUGAAGUCUCACUGGAAAUAUUCAUCAAGAUUUAUGUGUUUAUGCUCAUCGAAGAGGGUCUGGACUUGAUUUUCCUCCAUGACAUUUUGACAAGCUAAGACAUGAACUAAAGCUGCUUUAUGAUACUCUAUAAUACUUCUCAUUACCAUAUAUAAAAGCUUCUGUUUUAGUGAGUGGGCUUGUGUUUUAUACCUGAAUGAGCUUUUUGUUUUAAGGCUCAGUAAAAUCCUCCUUACAUGUAGCAGCAGUGCUGCUCCUUGUCCAGCAGGGGGCAUCAGAAGAUCACAUUUUCACUCGGUGUUAGUUUUGAGCCGACAGGACAGGCUCCCUCUGGAUAAUCUUAAAAACAUAUCUGAGGCUUCAGUACACUGUGUUCUGUCACCGGUAGUGUCAGUGAGGAUGCAUUGGUAUAGCGCAAUUUAAAGUAACAUUUCUGUUCAUUCAUUAAAGCUGUUUCAGCUUGUGUGUAGAGAUAAGGGUAAGACUGAAUAACAGAACCAACUACAUUUGUGGAGGGAUGACAGCUCUGGAUAGAGGUUCACCUUCCAUCCAUUUUUGAGAAAUAUACUCACAGGCAUAUUGAUGUCAUCGCUUCAUGUCCAAUAUCUCUACUUAGGGUUGUCCCGAUACAAUAUUGAUAUCGGAUAUCGGUCCGAUAUCAGCAAAAAAACAAAUAUCAGAUUAUAUCACCCUGCAUCUAAAAUCUCUGAUAUGAGCACUCCAGUACAAGCCGUCCAUUCCAGACUCCGCUCGGGCACUUCUAUCUAGCAGCGCCCUGAUCCAGCAAGCUAAGCCCACAGAAUCACAACAACAGUGUGUAUUAAGGUACUAACAAAGUAGCAAGGAGUAGGAGUGAUGUCGGCCUUGUGGCAGUAUUUUUUGUUUACGUCAGAAAAAGACGUUGAGUGAAAAAUCUGAUCAAUAUCAGUAUCGGUCAGUACUGAAGGCUAAAAUAUUGUUAUCGUAUCGGAAAUCAAAAAGUUGUAUCCGGACACCCCUAUCUCUACUACACUAAUAAUCUUGGAGAAAGGCGCCAUAGUCCCGCCUCCGCCUCAGUUGUUGGUUAACUUAUCCUACUUUGGGGCAGCUUUGUUGCUCCGUCUUUUUUAAACGUUUUCCCUCUCUUUCAUACUUCCACUGUAGAUUCGUAUGGUGAAGGAGAAGGAUGCCACACUAAAUCCCACCUUCAUUGUCAAGCCGGAUGGAGGCUCUCAGGGGGACGGCAUCUACCUCAUCCGUGACCCAAGUGAACUGAGAGUCAUGGCGGGGUCGCAGGCCAAACAGGCCGUGGUACAGGAGUACAUCCAAAAACCGUUACUCAUCGACAAACUCAAGUUUGACAUUCGCCUUUAUGUGCUGAUUAAGUCUUUGGAGCCAUUGGAGAUCUACAUUGCCAAAGAGGGCUUGACGCGUUUUUGCACCGAGCCCUACCAGGUCGGAUGAUGACACUGAUAUCGCUAACAAUUCUGAUUUGGAGCUUUUAUAGCUAAUGACUAAACACUAUUCUUGUCUUUUCUUUUUUUUGUAGGAACCAAGCCAGAAGAAUCUCACCCAUGUCUUUAUGCACCUGACUAACUACUCGCUCAACGUCCACAGCGGGAACUUUGUGCACUCAGACAGCCAGAACACGGGCAGCAAGCGUACUCUCUCCAGCGUGCUUUACAGGCUGGCAGCUAAAGGUGUGGACAUCAAGAGGGUGUGGUCGGACAUCAUCGCCCUCGUCAUCAAGACUGUCAUCGCAGUGGUGCCAGAACUGAAGGUCUACUAUCAGGCUGAUAUACCUCCUGGCAAACCAGGACCCACCUGCUUCCAGGUAGGGGAACAAAGUAUAAAGGUCCUUACACACUGGGACAGAUGCAAAUAUAUGACCAAAAAUUCAGAAUUAUUCGGAGGCGAAUCUUGACGCGCCUGACUAUACACAUCAAGCCCGAUGCGAUUUUGCGACUAUCCGGGGGGGAAAAAGACGCGUCCCAGGUGGAAACGAGAAGACUGACACAACAGCAGACUGAGUGUUUUUCAGUUCUGAUUAGACACUAGUGUUGAGAUGACUGUCUGUCACGGUAGCAUGUGAUGAGUCAGGGCCAGUAGCAGAUAAGCACAUUAAACUAUAAUCCAUAAACGUAAGGUAACAACUGAGACCUAAUGGUGCUGUGACAGCAACACGAUUGAGUUUAAGACAGUGAAAAUACAUAUGGUAUGUUGUGUCUGAACAGGUUAGCUUACGAGCUAAAGUUACUUAGCACAGAUGAAAGUUAAAACAAAGACGUUUAGCAAACUGUUAAAGCACACAAACUAUUGUCAUAUGAGAAAUCCAACGCUGUGAUUCUCCACAAGUUGUCCUUCAGGUUAUUAUCUUUGUAAUGUUUGUGUCUUUUAUCAAAAAGCACUCUGUUCUCCGAGAUGUAGACAAUCAGCAGGUUGGCCAUGUUGGAUAUAAUGGUGAAUUAGACAUCGCAACAACACGCAAUCUGAUUGGUCAGAAGUGGACACCCAGAAACUUAAGAAAAAUCGACCAUGAUCGGUAAAAAUAAAUGUCCCAAUACCGCAGGAUGAGAAAACGUUGCUGAUGUGAACGCUUGUAUUUACAGGAUUCGGGUUCGAAAAAUAAUAUAGACAUCUGAAAUAAUUGCACACAAAAAACGGUCCCGGUGUGAAAGGACCUUAAGAUGGUAUCUUUUAUUUAACUUCGCAGUCUGGAAGUAAAAAAGCAAAAUCUGAUUGUGUCUCAGAUAUUAGGUUUUGACAUCCUGCUGAUGAAGAACCUGAAGCCAGUGUUACUAGAGGUCAACUCCAACCCCAGUAUGAGAAUAGAACAUGAACAAGAGGUGAGAGUGAAUGUCAACUUUAACAUCAUCACAUCCCGUAGUUUUUUUCCUCUUAUUUCAAAUAUGUAUGCAUGCUCAUUUUCAGAUGUCACCGGGAGUUUUCGAGUAUGUUCCCAGUCCCGUGGAUGAAGAGGUCAAAGUGGGUGUGAUCAGGGACACUCUGCGCCUUAUGGACCCAGGCCUAAAGAAACCUGCGAGGUUAACAUACAAAAACUCUAUACACACAUACACACACCAACUGAAGUUUCAACAUCUUCCACUCUUUGUCUGCUGGUCUUCAGAGUCCACUUUUAAGGACAUGAUAUCUCACUCUCAGAGCCCAGCUCAGCAGCACUCCACAGCUCUCUAUAAGCCUGUUAACUGGAAAAAUUAAAUUCAGCUGAGCGCCGGUGGAAAUUCACACGUAGCUGUACAAGUCUAGUGGCUCGGGCUUUUUUGGCUGAGUGCUUCUGUGUGCUCCCUGGCUAUAAAUCUCCUUUUUGUUGGUUUAUUUUCCUUUUUUCAAUCUGUUUUUCUUUUUUGACAAGAAGAUUAACGGUUUCUAUUCCACUAUCAUCUCUUCCUUCUUCUCUCCCCUUCUCCUGAUUAUCGUCUUUAUGAUCUACUUAGUUCUGCAUGUGAGAGGGAUGUCUUCUCAGGGAUAAUACCUGCUUAACUAUUCUACUCAUGAACCAAACCGUAUUAAUAUAAGGCGCCUAUAAUGUCCUUAAUCCUUUUACCUCCUCCUUUGCUUUAUUUCUAUAGCACUAGAAGCAGCAGGGCUACAUCUUACACUUGGUAGUGGUUAUUCUUAGUCAUAAAAUUGCAGAUGCUUCCUUUAUUAAUUCUUAUCUACCUUAUUUAAAGGACCCAUAAUCCUUUGAUCUAAUUUGCCUGAUACUUUUAAUGUCCACUUAGACCUCAUGGGGUUACUCAGGGUUGCUUUAGAUAGCAUUUUGAUUGAGCUAAUACAGAUUUGGCCAAAUAAAUAACAUCAAUUUUUAGUUUGUCAGUCAAAUCAAGUCAAAAUAUUAAAAACUUUUUGAGUUUCAUUUUCUCUAAAGCACCUGAUGAGUUUUUAGCUGCUUUUGAAACACACAGAAAUCAGUCAAUCUUGAUUUGUAUCACUCUAAAGGUCCUUACACACCGGGGCCGAUGCGAAUAUAGAACACGAAAUUACAAAAUAUUCGGGGCGAAUUUUGACGCGCCUGACUAUACACAUAAAGCCUGAUGCGAUUUUGCGACUUUCCGGGUGGAAGAGAGAAGACUGACACAACAGCAGACUGACUGUUUUCAGUUCUGAUUAGACACUAGUGUUGAGAUGUCUGUCUGUCAUGAUAGCAUGUACUGAGUCGGGGCCAGUACCAGAUAAGCACAUUAAACUAUAAUCCAUAAACAUAAGGUAACAACAGAGACCUAAUGGUGCUGUGACAGCAACGUGAUUGAGUUUGAGACAGUGAAAAUACAUAUGGUAUGUUGUAUCUAAACAGGUUAGCUUAUGAGCUAAAGUUACUUAGCACAGAUGAAAGUUAAAACAAACACGUUUAGCAAACUGUUAAAGCACACAAACCAUCGUCAUAUGAGAGAUCUGACGCCAUGACACUCCACAAGUUGUCCUUCAGGUCGUUAUCUUUGUAAUAUUUGUGUCUUUUAUCAAAAAGCACUCUGUUCUCUGACACGUAAACAAUCAGCCGGUCGGCCAUGUUGGAUACACCAGUGAAUCUGAUGUUGCAACAACUCGCAAUCUGAUUGGUCAGAAGUGGACACACAGUAUGCGAAACUUAAGAAAAAUUGACCGUGAUCCAAAAUAUAAAUGCCGUAAUAUUGCAGGACAGGAAAACAUCGCUGAUGUGAAUGCUUGUAUUGACAGAAUACUGGUUCGAAAAAAAGUAUUGACGUCCGAAAUAAUUGCAUGUAAAAAACGGUCCUGGAGUGAAAGGACCUUAAUUCACAGCAAGUGUUUUAUCCCGAGAAGCUUAACAAAAAGGUAGUCUAGACCAGAUUCUGUUUACAAAGACCCAAUGUAAAGAUGGGAUCAGACUGAGUCCCAUCUUUUGAGAUCAGACCAUCUUCAACCACAUUACUGAAAGACUUUGUAGCAUUUAGCAAGUUACAGUCGACCAUAAUCACCGAGGUAUAUAUUAUGUAUUACGAUGUUUAAUGCCUGAAAAUGCCAUGGCAGGCAGGCUGACAGAGAUAUUGAUUAAUUACAUGAUGCUAAACAGUCUUUGUUUACAUUUUCCACAGCAGAAAUUCUGAAUGAUUGGUACUUUUGACUGUUAACAAAAGGAUGACACAAGAAAAGUCCAAAAUCAUGAAAAAGAUGAGAGGCAUCAGUUUGUCCACGGGGGGCAUCAAAAGCAGCAAACCCUAACGACAAAAAAAUCAGACAAUGACUUUGUAGAGAACAAUUUUGGAGGGUCGAAUAUUGGAUCUGGUUGCGUUUAUACAUAUAAAUUGAUGUACAAAAACUUGAGUAAUUCUUCAGGAGCUCUCAGAUAUCUUUCAUUGAACCAAUUUUCUUUAAUACUUCUGUUAUUUUUGUUUAUCAAACUUUAAACCAAUCAUUAGAAACUGCUGUCAUAAAAACAGAAAAUUGUCUUCUUAGAUUGUUUUUGGCGUCUAAACUGUUUUUCAAGUAAAAACUUUGUCUGACACCUACUCUGUGGCAGAGCUUUCAGGCAGUUAAAAACACAAAGAAACAGCCGGAGACUCUCGUUGCCAAUAGUCUGGUUUUUCUUUUGUAGCUCAUAAAGAAAAGAGACACCAGUUUGAACUGGAUGUGGUUUCAAAACCUGCCAAAACUCUUUUCACCAGAUCAAAUCAAUCUGAGUGUCCAACCUGAAAAAAAGCAUUUUAACGAUGUCCUCUGGCUCUGAGAAAACUCACUAUUGAUGUAGUGUUAGUGCGACUUGGCAGAUUGUAGAUCAGGUUUUUAUUGGAUCAAUGAAGACGAUCAUUGGCAGAUCAGAACAAUAUUGUUUUCUGGGUGAGUCAUGCAAGGGAGACGAGGAUUUGUUAACAGUUCUGUAUGAGAGCCAGCAGCUCUUUUGAUUGGCAUUGUGACAGGUGUGUUUUCACUCUCUUGUCGGGGAGCUGCAGGAUGAAGAAGAUUGAGGAUAGAAGCUGCCGUUCAAAAUCAGAACCAAAUCUCUUUGGUUGGAUUUUAAUGGACCCGCAUUGAUUUGGAUUCUUGUUCAGAAUGAUUUUGUUGCAGGGACAAAAUGUUCCCAACAUCUUUACAGGAGGUUAACUCAUUUGUCACAGCGCAGAUGGUCAAGCAGGGGCAGAGUGUGUGCUGUGUUGUGUUGAGGUCAUUGACAGCUGUUGUGCAGUGGGAUGGAUGGGAUUCAAUCAUUCAGGACAUGGAGUUUCAACUGGAUUCACCCCUGGAUGAGUUUGACUUAUCAGGACUGAGUGAAAGAGAGAUGAGAAGUGAGCAGGCUCUUCGUACAAACGUACAGCUGAGUACAAAAAAAAAAAAGUGUGGCUAUUUAAAGGGUUCAAAGUGAGAGCUUAUGUAAGAGAGACAAGUUCAUAUGAAAUGGCAGAAUUAAAGGGAGAGGUGGCAUUUUGGAGAAAAGGGUAAAGACAAAAAUGGGGGAUCGUGAGGAAAAGGGUACGACUUCUGGACAUGAAUGUCUCACACUCAGCUCAUUAGUCCUGUGUUAAAUGCCUCUGAGCUUGAUUUAUGGGCCUGUAAGAGAGGAGAGUGCGGGUGAACAAAAGGCUGAAAUUCAUCCACUUGCACUUUCAGAUAGGGUUUAAAUUGACACCAUCACAAUAGCGUCAUCUGCGUACAAAGAAACCAAAGCGCAGAGGUGGUCUGAGUGCAAACCGGGCAGCUGAGGACAAACCCUGAACUAAACUGUUGUACGUUUUCAGAGACUGUAUGAAUGUCACUCUUAGCUAGCAGGAAAUUAUAAAUGCAUGCCUAAUCAGUGUUUCUCCUACAUUUUCCGCUGCUGAAUUACGUGCACCGCUACUGAAAUUUCACAUGACCAUUAAUAUCAAUGCGCCGCUAAUGAUUUCUAGUUACGCUGUGUGAGCACAACAACACACACCCUUAUUUUUCGACAGGAUUCGAUGCACUUGUUGAUGACUCAAAACCCUCGGACCCUCUUCUAUCAACGUGAAAGUAACAAACUUAUACACGCUCUAUGUAGCGAGUAGCAUAAAUAGCAUUAAUAGCAAUAAUAUCAAUGCGCCACUAAUGAUUUCUACUCGCGCUGUGUGAGCACAACAACACACGUUAUUUUCAACUUGUUUUGAGGUGUCAACGAACACAUCAUCCUGUUGGACCCUCUUCAAUUCAACUCAACUCAACUCAACUUUAUUUGUAGAGCACUUUAAAACAACCACAGCUGUACAAAGUGCUGUACAUAACUAGACAUAACAACAAGAUAAAAAACAAUCAAGAAACAAUUAAAACAAUGGAUAAAAUAAAAGCAGAAUUAAUAAUAAAAUAUAGCUUCAAUGUUUUUAAAAACUAAUUUAAAAACAUAGAAACAAAUAACUAAAAACAAACCAUAGAACACUAAAACAGGAGCCGAGUCUCAUGCAGGGUUAAAAGCCAAUGAAUAAAAAUGGGUUUCUUCCAUUAAUGUGAAGGGUAACUUCAAGCUGAUACACGGUUUAUACAGCGAGUAGCGCGGGUAACGCAACGUGAACGUAACAGCGUAGUUCCUUGAACGGUAUGAGAGUGGGGGUAACAGCGAACCUGAACAGCGGAAAAAAUUCCAGGGGAAACUCUGCUAAUGCAUCUGAAAUUAACACCAUAACAUAAGGAUGGUGAUACGACAAUAAGAAGCUGAAAGAUUCUUUUUCUUGUAGCUGCAUGGCGGUAAACAACCCUUCAUUGUCACGUUUUUGUGUAAAUGUAUACAACUGUAAAUCUACAUUUCUGUGGAUGGAAACCGAUGAGAAAAGAGAGCAGAUUUCUACUCCUUUGCACACACAAAAGGUUUAUUGUUGCCGCCGGGAGUCUGUUUGCUUUGUGCUCUGAUAUGACUCACGCUCUGAGAAAAGCUCAGGCGAUAAAUUUAAAUUUCCAAAAUUUAGAGAAGUGCAUGGACAGUAUUGGGUUUCCUUUCAGUGACACAUCUGCCACCUUUAAAGACUCUCAACAGCAGGAAACAGCUUUGAAGAUUUAUCCACCAGGAGGCCUGAAAUAGCAUUUAUACAGGGUAAUGACAGCUGAAUUAGAGCCCGGUCCUCCUCGCUGCACUCAGCUAGCAUUUGGCGCCGGGCCUCUGUAUGUCUUUUUAAUAACCUGCCAUUCUUCACCUCUUACCCUCUCGCUUCACCUCCAUCAUUUCCCGCUCUCCGUCUCUGGGGAAUGCUGGAAGACAUUUCCUUCACUGUCUGUCUGGUUGUCAGCGUCUGCUGGAGACGUGUCCGUUUUUAGCCCGGCCUGUCCUUUCUAAACAGAUGUGGGUGGUCCCUCUGGCGGCUGAGGGAUGAUUGAUUCUAUGAAACAUUCAGCAGUGCUCUCUCAGUGCUAUUCACACUGCUUACUAAUUCAUGGAGAAAGAAGCUGUCUCAUAAAAGUCAACAGCACUGUAACCCCUUGAUGUGAAUGUACCUUUGUGUGUUUUUCUUGUCCUUAAAGGCCCUGUGCACCUACACAGGAGGUAUUCACUUAUUUUGGCCUCUAAGCACUCACAGGUGACAGCUGUUGAAGGUCGCCGCUCUCCACGACGAGCUCAUAAUAAAGAUAACGUUGUAAUUGGGAAAGCCUCGUAAAAACAGGUGCAGAGAGGCGAACAAGAGAGGGAGGGAGAUGUCAGUCAAGAAUGGUGUGUUCAUGCCUUUAAAUUCCUAAAACCGUCCAGGGAUUCAUGGUUUUCAAUCAUUUUGGGAACGCACGAAGGAGGCUGCAAAUCCCCAGAGAAAAGCACAAUGAUGGCUCGGCGGGUCGAUGGGAGAAAACACAGAAAAACAGGAUAUACAGCAGAGAAGGAGGAGGGGAUGAGUGGGUUUGUUGGACUUGCUGUUUGGGACUUUGAAGGUCAUCUUUUAGGUGUGCCCACCUCCGUCACCUCAUGUGCAGAGGUGUUAGUCCUAAAAGCUGCAGCCUUGGAUUUGAUUUCUACCUAUUGCUGUUUACUGCAUGACCCCCACCCAUAUUUCAGAAUCUAUCCACUAUCCUGUCCUCUCAGUGAAGACAUUAACCCCCCCUAAAAAAGACAACCUUCUGUUUUAUUGUCUAUUUAUUUUGCUUUGUGGCACAUAUUCAUUUUUCAGUGUGCCAUCCAUCAGCCAAGGAGCUAAAAAGACACAGAGAGGAAUAACGCAGAAGGACUGAAAGAACGUAUUCAUCAACCAAUAAGUCCUACCCGUUAGUUUACAAGUUUAGCAUGUAUAUUAUCAUUAUUGUAUAGCUCUGUUAAACAGUGUCGAAAUUAUAUCUGUUUUAUUUGUAUAUCCAUUAAGAGGGUGUUUUGAGCAUGCAGGUGUAACACACAUUCAUGCUAAAGUUUCCAGACUAUUUCAUCGGUGGCAAUCUGUCAAAAACUGUGUCAACAAGACUUUCUUGGAAGGAGAUUUUGACCCAUUUUUAGUCCAACUUCUGAAAUUUUCGACUAUUUUCGUGCCACUUUUUGGCUGAAUUAAUUGGCCAGACUUGAAGGCAGUCGUGUCUCUGUCUGCUGGGAUUUGGCUCCUGAACUAGAGGGUUAAAUGCCGGUCCUGACCAAAGCCCGAUAAUUGGACUGGUAGUUAGAGAGGUACACUGCUGAGAUGCUCAUGCACAAGGCACCGACUUGAAUGCCUUUCAAUUGGGUCUUGUUUGUGCAUUUGUGUUUGUUGCAUGAUCAAUAGCACUCUAAAAAUUGACCCUCUCCUCGGGAUCUACCAAUAAAGUGACUGAUACAAGUUCUUAAAGUCAGUAUUUUAGGUCUUCAACACCAAUAAUCAGCUGCAACUAUCACCGUUUAUCUACCGUCAUUAAAAGAAAUGGAUCUGGUCACAGCUUUGGCUUUCCUAAAGAUGUCACCUGGACCACAAGUUUUCCAUCCAGAGUCUCUGCCCUUGUGUCGUACUUUCAGAACUAUCCAAACUCUGAGAGGUGCAUCAGAUUUCUCUCCAUUAGAAUUUCAAAUUGAUUCUGAAAGUCGGAGGUAAAACCUGUGGCAUGCAGCCGCGCCUCACCACUAAUGCAGCUAAAUGUUGUUGAUGUAAGCACCGACUGUAAAGAGCCUGUACUGAGCCGUGAGAUAAAGAGUUAUUUAUCCCUCAUAGAACAUUACUCUUCCUGUUUCUCCUGCCAAACCACACUGUAUGUGCUGACGAAAGUGCAAAGCAUGGUUCAUUUAUCUUUUUCAGGUGCUUGGCUCUUUGCAACUCAGCUGACAGAAGCUCUUUGGGCCGGCCUUAUAAUCUCCCGCUCCGAGUCCUGCAGGGCUUGAAGGCCGUUAUUCAGCCUCUGCUGCUAAACAGCACGAAACAGGAACUCUCAAGUUCUGCUUACGAGCUCAAAAGUGUCCAUCGUAAAAUCAUAAAGCGGUAAAAUCUAUUUUGUUUCUGACUGACGGUUUUGUUCCUGCAGCUCUCAGCCCAGGGCUGAGCGUGGAGAGGAGAUUCCCAUGGAGGCGGAGACACCGGCGAGGAGUCCCGAUGAUGGAGCUCUGCCCUCGCUGUGUCUGAAGCAGGUUUACCCCAAAUACACCAAACAGUUCAACUGCCUGCGGCUGGUGGAGCGGACUGCAGCUCUCUUUAUACGCUUCCUCGGGGUCAAGGGAAACAUGCGUCUGGGCCCCACUGCCUUCAGAACAUUCAUCAGGUAUGAGUCUUUGCUGCUGCUCCCCCUGCCUUAGCUUUUCAUACACACCCUGACAAGAGUUGAGCGGUAUGACGGUGUAUAGCGUGCAAUGGUAUAAAAGUGUAAAAUAAAUCACAGGUACUGUUUAUACCGGAGAGAGUGAGCAGAUGUCUGCUGCAUCUCUCUGAGUCAGUGUGUAGUUGUCUUCGCUCGCUAACAGGAAAUCCGGAGCGCAUCCGUUUGGGUGCGUUUACGUAUAUUCACCAGCAUGUCGUGCUGAGUUUGUUCACUCCGUUUGAUUAGAUGGUUUGGGUGCGCUCCCUAUGACCACCAGCAUGUCCAGCAGACUGCUUGGCAUUGUUUCAACGAAGAAGAUACAGUUCACUGGUGGUGGUCAUGGCGAACACAGAGAUUAGUGGCAGUACCGAGUAUAGGGAGGCAGGCCAACCCACCCAACAUGAGGAAGAGGAGGAGGAACUCGUUCCCACACAGGGCACGAGUCGCGACAUCGGUUGUCUGUAGAUUCUUCUGAUUUAGAAAAUGCAACAACGAUCACAAAACAAUACUAUGCAAAGAGUGUCAUGUGGCUGUGCGUGGCGCACCUGCUGCACCAAAAACUAAAGUCGCAGCGGCUCCUCUCAUACAAAAGAGCUUGGCAGUCUUUCGCCAAAGGUAUGCCGUAUGAUAAAAAGUCGCCAGACUGGUCUGUAAAUGUACAGGGAGAAAAACACAUACCGUGAUAUAUACUUUUACCGUGAUAUGAAAUUACUUUUACAGUAAUAUAAAACUUUGUUCAUACCACCCAACAUUACUCUCUGUCCAUCUGUUUCUCGUCUGUAUUUUACUAUUAUAUUUGUGGAGUACUUCAUCUUUUAUGAUACUCUCUUCUCAAACUAAAUCAGAGCAUCCUUCCUGUGUAACCUCCAAAUAAAUAACUCAUUUUGUCCUUUUCUUUAUCAAGAUGAAAAAGCUAACAAACAAAUCUCGCUGGGCCGAGGCGACUGAUAUCUAUGUUUUCAGGCUUCACAGCUAAUUAGCUGUGCAGCCUGAAAACAGAGAUAGCUAAUUAUCAGCACAUUACACAGCAUAAAAAAUCGCCUCUAACAAACAGUUUAAUCUUUUAUACAAGUUUGUUUACAAGACUGUUGAUCCCUACACUAUGAGACUUUUCUUCCUACCUCAAAAUCGUGAAUUCAAACUUCAUAAAUGUGAUAGAAGUCAAACAUUUGUACUGACUCUGUAUUUGUUCUGCAGGACCUGCAAACUGAGCAACAGUAAUUUCACCAUGGCCUCAGUGGACAUCCUCUACAUCGACAUCACACGCCGCUGGUCAGGAGCCGUGCCCGACUCCAGAGAAGCAGGUAAACGCACACGCAUGAGCUCAAAAACACACACACUCCUGCUCAGAGAAGUAUCGUACAAAGACACAACAGAGAGCGAGGUGUACUGGAGACUCUGAGCAAAUAAUGUAGCGGGGAGAUAAUUGCGUGUCAUUCUUUGUCAGAUCUCCUCUGACACGCCGCUGCUGUAAUUGAAAUGAGCUGAGAUCACAUUGUGACAGCAAAGAGAGCCUCCGACAUGAAUUAUUCAGACUCUGCACCUUGUGAGGAAUGUUUGCGAGACGGAGCGGAUGGAUGGAUGGGUGGAGAUCACAUGGAGCCGGAUGGAGGGGCCUGUACAGAGGAGACAGUGGGCUGAAUUUAGAGCGAGCUCAUACGUAUUCAAGGAGACUGAAGGCAGAGUCGGGUACUUGUGAGUCUGUGCAGUUGAGGAUUUGAGGAGAAUCAAGAAAAGGCUGAAAACUUGCGUUUAUAAAUUAUGACGGACGUUUUUUUCAAGAAGUGUAACUUUGGAGGCUGCGGGGAAGUUUCAGAGAUUUACACUUACUGAGAUUUAUUCAAAUACUGUCUUGUAUCGGGCUUGAAGUUCAUGUUUCUCACCGCAGUGGUAUUAACUGUUGGUUUGUUGCUUGGUGAAUUUCAGGUAUGGGACUUCAGGCCUUCGUGGAAGCCUUUUUCUACCUGGCGGGUCGCAGGUUCAAAUCCCUGCCUCUGAGGGAGCAGGUUCUGUCCUUGCUGGAGCUCUGCGAGGCUCAGCUGGAGUCCCAGUCGAGCGUGGAGGAAAGACGCUCCCUGAGCUGCAGCCGGGCGGUUUCACGAGCCGCCAAGACCCAGACGCCCGGCCUCGGCGCCAACCCUCAGCUCAACUCCCCCGCUCCGCUGAGGAGAGCGGCCAGCCAGGACUACCGUCUGCAGCAGAAGCUGAGACCGCGCACACUCAGGGCCAACGUGGAGAACUGACGGAAGCUUUCCGCUACACCGGGAGAAAGAUUAUCCAUCUCGUCUCUGCAGCUCCUGGAGAGGAGGAUGAUGGGAGCUGAGAGGAGCGCGGGCUUAACCCCCCUGCUGGCUGACUUGCAGGAGCGCUCUUCUCAGCCUGAUUGCUUUUUUUUUUUUUUUAGGAGGAGGAAGAUGUCUGCAGGGGGAGACUGAGUGGAGAUGAAACGAGGGAUGAAGGGAGGUCGGUGCAUUUACUUUCCCCCUCCUGGUGUGAUCAUACAUGAAGAGUUUGGUCCAAUCAGGAGGAGGAGGAGGAUCUUACAGGGCAGCUAUCUGCUUCUCUCCACCUUUACCUGGCUUCACCAACACUGACACAAACUUUCAGUUCAGGGAAACUUCAUCUUUGUCACAUUCGAUGCAUUUAUUCAUAAACAAAGGGUGUGAGGGAGCGUCCUAACAAGUGUAUUAUAAUCUUCAAUUUGCACAACAACUCUUUGAACUCAAACCUUUGCACAGAGAUGGAUGUGAGGUCGACUGAGCGCCGUUUGUGUGGACCUAUUGUGACCGCCUGAGUGUGUUUGUGUGCAAGCGUACCGUGCUGUAUUUUCUUUUGUGUUCAAGCUCAAUAGUGAAAGUCUAUUUACAGGCAGUGGCUCAGCUGUGCGUCCGAGCUCUGAGAGCCCAUUAGUGAUGAGUUAAGUGAAUAAGUAUUCAAAGGGAAAAGGCCACGACGCCACUUAUCCUCUCUUUCAGUUCAGCAGCUAUUCCAGUCGGGCGGUUUCUGACCUGCAGCGAACAUCUUUUUAGAAAGUUACACAACUGCCACCAGGGGGAUCGGUUUUUGUUUCUCUGUCGUCGCAUGGCACAAAUUUCACAGUCUUUACAGGAUGCGUUGUUUCCGAUUCUUUUGUAAUGAACUUUACACUAAAAUAAGAGAAUUAAAAAAGGUUGCAGACUGUUGUUACAAAUCUUAACUCUCCAGUUAAUCCCUCAGCACUGAUGUAUGUUGUUUCUCUUCUCUCACACUAAGAUUAUUUAACACAUUCGUCACGAGCAGACUAAGAGUAAUGUGACGUGUGACACUAAGGACUCAUACUGUAGGACUGACGUAUAACUGCAGUAUGUACCUGAUGAUAAUCAGUAUAUUUAAAGGUGUUACCAUAUUUAAGAUUGUUCAAAUGGAUCAAAUGAAUUUAUAGAUCUACAAGUGCAAAAAAUAAAGUUCAUUUUGCUCCUGAAACUGAAAUCACUGUUUUAUUUGUGCAUUUUUGUAAAUGACACAGUGUUAUCGUUCCACACGUGAUCCUAAUAUAGAGCACACAGUCGUUAUCCUGUAGAUAACCUUGACCAUUACUCAAGAUCAUAUUGUUUUGCACAAGCGUAUAACUGUGCACAAGAUGAUUUUCACUUGUGCACAAGAUGAUAUUUACAUGCAAACAAGUUAAUCUUAUGCACAUUAGGGGCCAAUCCCAAUUGUACCCCUUAGCUCUUGAUUUUGCACGUUCAUGACAAGCGAAGGGGUGUCCCAAUGUUCUGUAAGGUUAAGGUGAAGGGCAAGGGGUACACAAGAUUAGCUCGGGGUCUGGCGCCUGUUGAUGACAUCAGGCUAUAUGAUUGGCUGGAAGUUGGUCCGGAUGAUGUAGAAGAUUGUGACUGGUCUUCAGAUUAAGUUUCAUGGGAGAGAAAACAUGGACAGAUUUUAGGAAGCAAUCUCUUGCUACUUAUCAAAGGGGACUUGCGACAGCCGAACGACUGCCUCUUCUAGGUUGCCAAAGGAAAUGUGGAAUAAAAGCAAAAGUAUAUUUUGAAAAACUGAGAUCCUGCGUGUUUUUGUUUCUUUUUCCUUUAGAAAAGGUAACACGUACAAUUAAAGCCAUCUAAAAAUUACAAUACAGUAAGUUGUAAUUCCCUGUAUUAUAUGGUUUCGAGAUAAUUGAAUAAACAAACAGAAAUAAAGAAAGCCGCGAAAGGCUUUUAACCGAGCACAUGUGACUAAUUAAAUGGACCGCAAUGUAGUUUUUCUGAGUGGACUUGCUGUAGUGUGACGUCUUCAACAAGCGCUGGGUUCCAAGCCGAUCU